AUGCCCAUAGCCAACGCCGCAAGGGACGAGCUUUACAGUCACAAGAUCUUGGGCUGCAUCUUCUUCACUGUCUCCGCGCUGGCCCAUGGAGAGGCGCGCCUGGCGCUGUGGAGCCUGUCCGCGCUGCUCACCUCCGCCCUGUCGCUGUACCUGCUGCACCGCCGGCGAGACAUCUACCUGCGGCCGCCCGUGCGCGACUGCCUCUACGCCGCCAUGCGCCUGCACCGCGCCUUUGCCAUCGUGGGCAUGCGCAGGGUGCUCAAGGCCCCCAUGAUGAUGGGCGCAGCCGCCUCCAGCGUGGGGGACAGGGUCUACUUUGCCAAGGCGGUCCUGGUCAACUCCUCCAUCCUCCCCAUCCUGCUCCAGGCGCUGGUGCUGCAGCUGCCGCUGCCGCUGCAGGCGGCGGUGCAGGUCAUCCUGCCCGUCCUGUUUGUGGCGUGGUUCGACUCCACGGCAGCAGCCUGGUUUGGCGGCAGCGGCGGCGGCGGCAACUCUUCUGAGGCCCAGCACGUGCCCCUGGGCAGCAACGAGGCCGGCCCGGGCGCUGCCUUGGCGCCAGCGCCAGGCACCUCGGCGGCCACCCCUCGGCUGGAGGCGCCGCGGCGGCUGGCCGCCAGGCGCGGCGCGCCGCCCUCCUACCCCUCGCCCCUGCUGGCGCUCAUGUUUGGGCUGGGCCUGGCGGGCGUGCUGUUCGAUGUGCUGCUGACGGUGCACAACCGCCCGGCGGCACCGCCCGGCAGCUGA